AUUAUUGAUAUAUUAUUUAAUAUGUUAUAUUAAAUGUUAUAGCUGUGAUAUUUUAUUUAGCCUUUGGUCUUUGGGUUUGAAGUAUGUCUUCUGAUUUGGUGCUGGCUUUUCAUAUUUCAUGAAGUUGUAAAAUGCAGUUUAUUUUUCAGUAUUUCAGAAGCUUAAAGCAAAAAUGUUUUUAUUCUCAAAUAUUCAGUUUGCAGAACUAAGACACCUGACUGUUUCUUGGGGAUGGGAGGACAGCAGCUGUUUCAUCUAGUUGUAUUCCAAGACUUGGUGCCCUUACUUGCAUAGCAGUUUUUCACCUGAGGUGAUUUUACUCUGAUUUUUCUGCUUUCUUCCUAGUAUAGGGCUCUGAUGUACUUGGAAUGUUUUAGAAAACUUUCUCACUAAACUGGCUGCAUUCAUUUUGAUUUUUAUGCAUACAUUGCCAUCAGGUACACAACGAGCUAGUAUGGAGUUAACUUUUUCCUUUGACUAUGUGCAAAUUUUCUACAGUCUAGCAUAAAAAGCCAUUUAAGGUUAUUUGUACUAUCGAGCCUUGACAGAACUUGUUUUCUGGAUGAAGUUCAACUAGCUGAUUUAAAAAAAAUUAAAAAAAAAAAAAAAGAAGAAGAAGAAGAAAAAACAAAACGACAAAACAUGCUGGAAGAAUGCUUCAUUUAAGUAAUUGACAUGCUGUUUAUCUCUUACUUUGUCCUCAGAUUUGUUUUUGUGGUAAUAUAGACAACUACGAAAUAGUCAGCUUGUGUUUUGUAACCUUCAUAGUUAUGCAGCCAUUACAUUCUCAAAUGUUCACUUGAAAACUUUAUGAAGGAAUAGUCCUGUAUUUGCAUAUGUGCGUGUUCAGACCCAGUCACAAGUGACAUCCAACCAUUCUUGUUCCACAGCUAGCUGUGUUAGGACAGGUAGAAGGUGGUCAUUGCAUGUCUAUGAAGUUGUUUUCUUAACUCUGUUUUUAAAUGAUCUUGUGAUUUAGUCGAAUGACUGUUUCGUUUUCUAAUUUGACGAUACAAUAUGCAUUCUAAAAAAGAAAGUCUUUAAAUGCACAUCUAGGGGUUCUUUUUCGCUUGUUGCAGAUUGCAUGUGACCAAUAAACUGUUAACUUUUAAUCUGAACAUGUUCAACAUUGUUGAAUGAGUUUAUAAUGUUCCAUUCUGUAAUAGUUUUAAAUUGUCCACAGGUCAUGUGAAUGCCCGAUUUCUGCUAUUGCCUGCACACCAAACUGAAAUGCAUAGGUAGGAGCUGCAUACUUAUCUGAGCACAGAUGGGCUUGCUUAGGACUGGCAGUAUAUGGACAAGCAUAAAGAUGUGAACAGUGUUAGCAAAGAUGCGUUAAAAUGGACAAAUGACUGGAGUGCAAGCUCUUUGGGAACCCUGUGUGCAUUGUCCUGUGCAUUUUGGUUCUUAAAUUACUGGUGACUCUCAUUAUUUGUGCCAGUUAUGCCUAAUCCUGUGAGGGUACAUCUGUGUGGUGCAGUCAAAUCUGCAUUUUGUGUUCUAGAGAAGUCUAAAACAAGCUUUGGUUGCCAAGUCCAUUAUUGUGUUCUUUGUUACUUUUCAAAGUAACUUCAAUUAUUAACUUUCACGUAUUAAGAUCUUGUUAAAGAAAUACAGAAUUGGAGUCACUUAGAAUGAAAGCUUCUUUUCUUGAAUACAGUUAGUAUUGAGAACUACCUUUCUUAGUAUGGGUGUGGAAUGCAAGUAGGGUAGAAUGCAGCCUGAAGAAAGUACUAUUGUUGGUUCAGUGUUAUGUUGUUGAUGCAGUUCCACUACUGUGGAGUUGUAAAAAUAUUGUACUAACUGUAUCAGUACAAACUUCAUGAGAGAGAGUGGUUUCAUCACGAUUGUAUUUGUUUGAUUUUUUUUUUUUUAAUCAAACAACCUGAGACAGAGCUCUUAGGUGUCCACACCCUCACUAGUGAUCAAAUGUACUAAGUUCAGGCCUUACGUUUCUGCUUUCUCCUGUUCACAGUAACUUAAAUGUAUUUUUGUGAUUUAAUAUCACUAAUAUUUGCAAAAAUUGUUUUUUUUUAGUCAAUGCAGUUAACUUCUUUGAAUAAAUUUUGUCAUGCUUUUAUCUUUACAACUGCUGCAAGAGAUUACAUACAGACUUUGGUAUUUGAAAUGUGUGCAGAAAGAAGAGGAGGUGCAAGCUGAAGGACUAGUGCGGCCUAGCUUUAUCUCUUUGCUGUGCUUUGCUAAUUGUAUAUUUAGCUUCAUGAAAGGCAAUUACAAAUCUUAUUUUACCUUCUUUCCAUUUUGAAUUCUAGUGCAACUGUUACUAGUUCAAGAAAUAAGUUGUCUUUACAUAUAUAAACUCUUUCACAUUUGUUUGCUAAGUAGUGCUUCUGAUGUGAAUCAGGGAUGUUUCCGAAGUGACUCAUUAAAAGAAAUUCUGCACUGUUUGCAGUGGUAAAAAGUUAAGAUUUCUUAACAAGCGUAAUGAAGGUUCUUUUACAUAAAGGGAAAAUAAAUUGUUCUUCCCAUUCCAUAACCAGUAAUACCACUUACUCUUGAACAAGAUGAGAGAAAAGCCAGUAUGAAAAGAGAAAAAGAUGCAGAUAUCUUCCCCCUCUGUACCGCAGAAGGGAACUUUUCUUUUUGAAUUUUCAGGGUUUUUUUUUCCCUCUUCUCUUUAGUUCAUUGGAAACAGUGGAGAAAUCGUAAGUAUAAAGACUUAUUUGAGUAACUUACUAAGUUUUCUUUGUGAAGUUGGUUGUCUAUGAUUAUCCCUUUUUGGUCUAUGAAGUUUUGCUUCAUGCAGUAGCUGAAAAAGCAAAGUAACGCUUCUCUCUUACUUGUAUUUUAGCCAGACAGAUAUCGUGAAGUACAUUGUAAGUUUUGUCACUUCAUUGAUGAAAAAACUCUUCUAGGUCUCUAGUCUCUACUAAGAUGAAAGUUUCUGGGAAUUAGUGGACAAAUUUUAUUUUCUCUAUCAGUCUUUUUGAGCAGAUCUAAACUAUACUUUAAAGGCAGGUAACAAAACACUGAAGCAGUUUUUAUUCAGCACAAUCGGCUCAUGGGAUGUUGGGGCAGUGUGUUACAGCAAUGGUGUUCGAUCCUGGAGAUAAGAUACUUGAAGUUCUAUUUGGAGUUUAAAAACCAAUGCUAGGUUUACACGUUUGUGUUGCUUCUGUUCCCUGAGUUGGCUUUGCAUCUACUCUAUACAACACUGUUUGGUAUAAACUUGGAUUUUGUUGUGUGGCUGUCCAAAGUGUAUUUUAAAUGCGUUCUGAAAUACUUCAAAAUCUUUUGAGAUAAAAGCUUCACUGUGUAAUGCCUCUCCUAGCAUCAUUUCCAAGAAUCUUUUAUUGGUAUGUUGUUUUCGAAAAUGAGAUUAUCUGUCUUUUGGCAGGGUGAGUGAAUCUUACACCUCUGUUACAAGCAAACAUUCCUUGACUGCAGGUAGUGGGCAUAGCAGUAAAGCAGAUUAUGUCAUAAAUGAAUUCUAUGCAGAAGGAUCUUGGGAAAGCAGUUCUGCAUCCUACACUGUUAAGAUAUUUACUGUUACUCAGAUUAUGGCAUGUUGGAAUUAAGAGUUGUCUCCUUUUCCCUUUGUUUUUGCAGGAGUACUUUCAUAACCAUGAUAGAAGACAAAGGCCCACGGGUGGCUGACUAUUUUGUAGUGGCAGGACUGACUGAUACAGAUACUUCAAACCUCUUGGACCAAGAAAUAAGCCGUCAUGAAAGUGGUCCGAAAGCUCCAAUCACUGACAUUGCUGUGAUAAUUAAAUCAGCUGGUGAAACUGUCCCAGAGGGGUACACCUGUGUUGAAGCCACCCCUACAGCCCUCCAAGCCAAUCUAAACUAUGGAAGUCUUAAGAGUCCUGAACUUUUCCUCUGCUACAAGAGAGGCCGAGACAAACCACCUCUUACUGACAUCGGGGUUCUAUAUGAAGGGAAGGAACGUAUCAUUUCAGGCUGCGAAGUGGUUCAAGCUACUCCUUAUGGUCGUUGUGCUAACGUUAACAAUAGUUCAGCUUCUUCUCAACGGAUCUUCAUCACGUAUCGAAGGGCUCCUUCAGUACGACCUCAGAAUUCAUUGGCAGUGACAGACAUCUGUGUUAUUGUUACCAGCAAAGGAGAAACUCCUCCUCAUACAUUCUGCAAAGUUGAUAAGAAUUUAAACUGUGGUAUGUGGGGCUCCAGUGUAUACCUUUGUUAUAAGAAGUCUGUGCCGGCUUCUAACUCCAUAGCAUACAAAGCUGGCUUAAUUUUCAGAUAUCCUCAAGAGAACUAUGAAUCAUUCCCACUGUCAGAGUCUGUACCUCUCUUUUGCCUUCCUAUGGGAGCUACUAUUGAAUGCUGGGAUCCUCAAACCAAAUAUCCACUACCAGUCUUCUCAACAUUUGUACUGACCUGUUCCUCUGCAGAAAAGGUUUAUGGUGCUGCUAUUCAGUUUUAUGAGCCUUAUCCACGGGAGCUGCUAACAGAAAAGCAACAAUUGCAGUUGGGUCUCUUGACAGCUGUAGAGAGAAAAGUGGUUACUUCCAAGUCCAUCAAUUCUAAUAAAUGUAUCUGCCUUCUUUCACAUUGGCCUUUCUUUGAUGCAUUUCGAAAAUUUCUUAUGUUCAUCUACAAACUCUCUGUCUCUGGACCUCAUCCUCUUCCGAUUGAAAAGCACAUUUCCCAUUUUAUGCACAAUAUACCUUUCCCUUCACCACAAAGACCAAGAAUUCUUGUGCAGCUUUCUGCACAUGAUGCAUUAAUAUUGUCCCAGCCAGUUUCUACUCCACUGCCAUUAAGUGGAGCAAACUUCAGCACUCUACUCAUGAAUCUUGGACCAGAAAACUGUGCUACCCUGUUACUGUUUGUACUGUUAGAAGGCAAGAUCCUCCUCCAUUCUCUUCGACCGGCUGUGUUGACAGGAGUUGCUGAAGCUGUAGUAGCUAUGAUAUUUCCAUUUCAGUGGCAAUGUCCAUAUAUCCCCCUCUGUCCUUUGUCUCUGGCCACCGUACUCAGUGCACCAGUUCCAUUUAUUGUUGGAGUUGAUUCACGAUAUUUUGAUCUGUAUGAUCCACCACAGGAUAUUGUAUGCAUUGACUUAGACACAAACAUGGUGUACAUAUCAGAUGACAAGAAGAGCACAAACUGGAAGCAGUUUCCUAAGAAGCCAUGUAAAAGUCUGCUCAGCACCUUAAAGAAGCUGCACCCACAGCUGGCAGCAGUUCACAGAAAAACUCAAGAAGGUUCUGCAGUGGAGAUGACUCCUAUUGAAGCAGAUUUUUCCUGGCAGAAGAAGAUGACAGAACUCGAGAUGGAGAUCCAGGAAGCUUUCCUGCGUUUUAUGGCAUCUAUUUUAAAGGGUUACAGAACAUUCCUUAAACCUAUCACCCAGGCACCUUCGAAUAAAGCAACUGCUGCUGAUUCUUUGUUUGAUCAUCAAGGAUUUUUGAAAAGUAGAGACCGUGCAUAUGCAAAGUUCUAUACACACCUCACCAAAACACAAAUAUUCAGCAGCUUUAUUGAAGAGUGCAGUUUUGUGAGUGACAAGGACACAGGCUUGGCAUUUUUUGAUGACUGCAUAGAAAAGCUCUUUCCAGAUAAAGGAACAGAAAAAGGAGAUAAGGUUGAUGUAGAUUCUGUUGAAGAUGCACGGUUGAUUGAACUUGAUGAAUCCCAAAAAAGUGAACACACAGUGUUUAUAAUGCCACCAGAACCUCUCCCUGAUGAUGGACAAGACAGAGCUCCAAAAUACAGCUAUAAAAACUUCCCACGACUAGAUUUCAAGCUCUUUGACAGACCACAGGAACUCAAGCUCUCCUUCAGGAGACACCCAGCUGGAUGCAGCAUUUCAAAUAGUCCAGCACUCAUGGCAAAGAGGACGAAACAGGAGAUAAAAACAGCCCAUAAGUUAGCCAAGAAAUACUACGUAAGCCCUCCGCAGUGGGCUAAGUGUCUCUUCAGCCACAGUUACAGCUUAUGGUUUAUUUGUCUACCAGCCUACGUCAGAGUUGCACAUCCAAAGGUCAAAGCUCUGCAGCAGGCAUAUGAUAUUCUAAUUAAAAUGAGGAAAACUGAUGUGGAACCACUAGAUGAGGUCUGCUACAGAGUUGUAAUGCAGCUCUGUGGACUGUGGGGUCAGCCUGUUCAGGCUGUGAGAGUCCUCUUUGAAAUGAAAAAUGCUGGAAUACAGCCAAAUGCCAUCACUUACGGCUAUUACAAUAAGGCGGUUUUAGAAUCUCCUUGGCCUAGCAGUAACCGCAGUGGCAUAUUUCUGUGGACAAAGAUACGAAAUGUAGUUCGUGGCACGGCACAAUUUAGGCAAUGCCUAAAGAAAGCAACGCAGAGCCCACACAUACCUGUGAUAUCAGCUCUGCGGAAUACCACGGGUGGAAGUGAUGGGGACAUGGUGAGCCAUGGUAGCGUGGAUAGUUCUAAUGAUGCUAACAGUGGGGAGCACACUCUCUUCGUCAGUGACUUAGUCAGGCUUGAUUCCAUUGAUAAUCACUCUAGCACAGGUGGUCAGUCAGACCAGGGCUAUGGAUCUAAGGAUGAACUGUUAAGGGAUAAUGGAGACAGUCUUCAUGCAACUGAAACACAAGUAGAAGAAGAAGUUUCUUCUAAAGCUGAAGAACUAAUAGGAGAUGUUUGCACUGAGGAAUCUGAUGAGAAGAAACAGCUUAAUAUAGAAGUUCAUAGUCCAGCAGAUCUGCCUGCUUGGGGUAACAGUAUUGUGAAAGUUCCAUCUGGCAUUUUUGACUGCAGUGGAAGGAGAAAGAGCAGUGAAACUGGUUCAAGCCUACUGUCAGUAACUCAGGAUUCAGUUGAAGAUGCAGUCUUUGGUGAUGCUCCUCCUAAGAAAACAAGUGAGAAAGGACAGAAGAGGCAGAAACUAUUUUCAGAGAGAAGCUGUAGUUUCAGCAGUGAAAGCAAAGCAGGAAUGCUGUUGAAAAAAGGGAGCUUGGACUUGCAUUCCAAAGAAAUAGCAAUAAUGAUGGGAGAAGAUGCCAAGAUUUUAACAGCAGCUUUGUCUGGGGCCAAAACUUCACCCUGUAGUACAAGUAAAUCCUACAGCUUCGAUAGUGCUGUUGACCAACAGGUUUCUGGCAAAAAUGGCACUUGGAGUCGUGUUACUGAUAGUGAUUGGGAAUUGGAGCAUAGAACUUCACCAGUGCUGGAGGAACCUGGGGAAGGGCAGGAGCAUCUUGAGAAUGGAAGAAAUGAAAAUGUGACCAUGGUUGAGGACAUGAAAACUGAACAGUUAGCUGAGUCCAAAAAACAGAAAGUGGAAUCCAAAGAUGCAAUUACUAAAAGGAAUAGCUUUUAUGGGGUGGUUAAGCCUAUUGAAAGGGAAGAUGUUGAAGUAGGCUUGGAUCCUUUAUCUUUGCUGGCUACUGACUGCAUCCAACCAAGACUCCCAGAAGCUGAGGAAAAGCUAGUGUCACCAGUUGCAGCACGGAAUUUGGCAGAUGAAAUUGAGAACUAUAUGAAUCUCAAGAGCCCAAUGAGUAGUAAGUUUCCCAGCAUGGAACUGCACAAGCCAGACAGGGAAACAGAAGUUUCUGGUACAUUUAGUCACAGCCAGGAAAGGAGGUCAAGCCUGCCUUUGGAUCCCAUCCCACCACCCCCUGAGUCUUUUGAAAAUCACAGAAGUCCUUCUGUCUCUAGAUCCAAAACAUUUACUGGACGACCAAAACAGCAAAUGCAUCCACGAGUUCAAAAGGAGCGAUCUUCAUCUUUGACAGGACUGAGUCGUUCUUCUCCGCAUGGCUCCUUAGGAUCAGUUGUAACAACUUUGUCUAAUCUGAAGUUAGACAAUAUAUUGUCUGGACCAAAAAUGGAUGUUCUAAAAUCAGGCAUGAAACAGGCUGCCAGUGUAGCCAGCAAGAUGUGGGGAGUUGUAACUUCAGCAUAUAGCUACUCAGAUGAUGAGGAAGAAAACAGUCAAGGAGACUUCAACUUCCCUGCUGGUUUUGAAGAUAGUAUUUUAGGAGAUAAUCUGUCAUCAAGAACUGGAGUCCCAGGACUAAUUGCAAAUGAGCUUGCACAAAGCACUACUAGUCUUGGCAGUAGCAGUAGCAGUGGAGAAGCAGGAAGACAACAUUACAAUUACAAUGCAGGUGAAGUUUCAUUCCCAAGAAGUAUGAAAGUUCCAGAUUCUGAGAAGUCAGAGCUCAGCUCUUCUCAUAAUACUAGUUUAUCCAGCAUUUUCCAGAACUACGCAAUGGAGGUUUUGAUGUCAAGCUGCUCUCAAUGUAGAGCUUGUGAUGCUUUGGUUUAUGAUGAAGAAAUUAUGGCUGGAUGGACAGCAGAUGAUUCAAACUUGAACACUACCUGUCCUUUCUGUAAAAGUAUUUUCCUACCUUUACUUAAUGUUGAGUUUAAAGACCUACGUGGCUCUGCAAGCUUUUUCCUGAAGCAAAGUACCUCAGGAGAUAGUUUACAAAGUAGUAAUACUCCAUUAACCACGGAUCUACUGGAGCAGAAGCUGCUGUCCAGUUCAGCUGUUACUGACUUGAUCAGUUUUUCAGACCACCCACAGUCCAGCCAUACUAUAGCUGAAGAAUCAAGCUCCACAGCUGAGCAGAGUGAAGCUGCAGAAGAACAGAGCAAAGAUCUCAGAACCAUGAAGAUGUCUGCUAAUAAUCCUCUAAAAAGGGGAGUGUCUUUAACUCGAAGCCACAGUGUUGGAGGUCCACUGCAAAACAUUGAUCUUUCCCAGAGACCAUCUCAUGGCAUUUCAACAGUUAGUCUUCCAAAUAGUUUGCAAGAAGUUGUGGAUCCUUUAAUUGAAAGACCUAAUCCUCUCCCUGUAUCAGUACCCUACUUGAGUCCUUUGGUACUGCGUAAGGAGCUUGAAUCUCUGUUGGAAAAUGAGGGAGAGCAAGUAAUUCAUACAUCCAAAUUCAUCAAUCAACACCCCAUAAUCUUCUGGAACUUGGUUUGGUAUUUCCGAAGGUUGGAUCUACCUAGCAAUUUACCUGGACUUAUUCUAACAUCUGAACAUUGUAAUGAUGGAGUGCAGCUUCCUUUGACAUCUCUUGCUCAAGAUAGCAAGCUUGUAUACAUCCAACUUCUGUGGGACAAUAUCAACCUCCACCAAGAGCCAGGGGAGCCUCUGUAUAUAUCCUGGAGAAAUCUCAAUUCUUCUGAAAAGAAACCCUCUACAGUGGCAGAAGAUCAGCAGGCAACAAACACUUUGUUGGAGAACAUUAAACUGAGUAUUCAGCAUAAUAACGUCGUUAAACCAAUCCAUCUCCUUCUACAGAAAGUUAAACCAGAUGUGAAACGACAGAGGAGUUUUUACAGAGAAAUUCUGUUCCUGUCUCUGGUAUCUCUUGGAAGAGAGAACAUUGACAUUGAAGUCUUUGAUAGCGAAUACAGACUUGCACAUAAAAAUCUGCCACAAGAUGUUCUUGAAAAGAUGCAGAAAAUAGAUGCACCACCAAGCAGUAGAGUUGAGUGUUGUCGGAAGUACUUUGGAGCACCUUUAAUAUAAAAAUGAGGAAACCACAUGCUAAACUUCAUCAAGACAAAAGCAGGUUCUCUGCCAUCUUCAAUAAUGUUGCUUGCUAAAAAGUUUACACCUGCAGAGGAAUAACCUCACGUACCAGUAUGGGCUGGAGCGCAGCGUGGCAGAAACAAUCUAAGCUUCCUCAGGGAUCCAGUAUCACCAUGACUGAGGAGCAUGCCUUUACAUGAAAGACAGCAAUCCUAAUACAGCAGAGGUGGACAGCAGUGAUCCUUCUGUGCCACUCAGUGCUUGUGAGAAAGGCUGUUCAGCCUAGAGAAGAUUCAGAAGGCUGGAUGAGGAAAUCUCAUUUGGUGGUACCUGUUGAGGCAGCAAGGGGGAAGACACUGCUACUGUUCCCCGUGGUGCUCUGCUGGGGUGAUUUCGCACAGCUAAGCCCCAGCGAGCCACUCUUUCACUUCCCCUCCUUGAAAGAGCAAGGAGGAGAAAAUAAGAUGAAAAAAGGCUGAUGGGUUGAGAAAAGAGUCAUUUCAUAAAUAAAACAGAAGCAGAGGGAGAGAAUAAUUCUUCUCUACAUCACAUCAAGCAAGGUUCAACCAUAUCUUGGGAAGCAAGGCCCCUCAAUAUAUGCACAGGAGUUAGAGAGACAUGCUGUUCAGCAUCCUCUUCCUUUCCCAGCUUUUAUUGCUUAGUAUGAUGUAGUUUGUCUACCCUGUGACCAACCUGCCUCUUGCUCACUUUUAGCCUCCCAGCCUUUGGAGAGGAUUGAGAGCCAGCCUUGUUGCUGUGUCAGAACCACUCAGCAACAGCCAGAACACUGAUGCAGUACCAGCGCUGUUCUAGUUGCAAGAGUCAGGGACAGCCCUGUAGCAGUUACUGUGGGAGAAAUGACUUCAGUUCCAUGGUUGUGGAGAUCCACAUAGCAAUAGAUCAAGUUGUAUCCAAAGUCCAUUACUUUCCUGAAAAGUCAGGUACCUAUUUCACAGCUGAGCUUCAAGCUUUCUGAACAACUUCAGCCUUGUGGAGCAGCCAUCCCAUCACCACAAGCAACUGUUGCCAGACAGCACUUAAUGUUUGUCACCUAUGUUCUGUAUCACAGACUUUGAACUGAUGUUAAGAUGACAGCUGCAGCUGCUGGCUAUGCAAAACCUUACUGCAAAACCUGUGGCAGUGUGGUAUAGUGCUAACAGAUAGACAGAUUGAACACUACCUUAUUAGCUGCCUCUGAGUUGGAAAUGAUUAUGCUUCAAUUCCUAAUUCAAACCAUAAUUCAAGGAUGGUUAAUUUGAUCCUUCCAUGUCCAUUUUCCACUGCCAGCAAAUCACCUGUUCAGCAGCUCUGAUUUCUACAGUGGUGGUAAAGCUUUAUGAGUUCAAGUUUUUGUACUUGAAAGAGAAGCACAAAUGUGAAGGAAAUACUGAAGUAGAUACUGACUAUUUGAGGGCACCUAAAGAUCUUGCCACAUCCUAUUCCAUCAUCAAUUAAUUUAUAUGCAGUUGCAGCAGAAUUCCUUUAAAACUGAUUGAUCUCCACAAAAUACAACUUAAAUACAUUCUAAAUACAUGCAGACUACUAGGACUAAGUUAAAGGACUGAAAUUAUUAAAUGAAACAUUUUGGUAGAUGGCUUACUCAUUCUCUGUACCAGUAAUGAUUUAAAGAGCAAAAUGGUGAAAUAUCUGCACUUAACUCUUCCAAAAAUCACCUAAGGCAGUAGAGUUUACCAUAUACUCAAAGCAAAUGGCUUCGUCCCUCAUCUGGAAACACUAUCUAAUGUUUAAGACUGGGAAAAAAGCAAACUAUUUCUGAACCACAAGAUCAGGUUUUGUUCUAGCAGGUAAAUGUUGCUUCUAAAAGAUCCA